AUGGUAAGUACCAGGCGUACUGUUGAUGCUGGUGAGGGAAGUCGCCAGCCACCUAAUGGCAAUAGUCAAGCUAAUCAGACUAAUGAUGAGAUCUUAAGACAAUUACAAGCUGUAAUUCUUUCCCUUGACGAGCGGGUUAGAAAAAUGGAAGAUAAUCGAAGGAACAAGGAAGCUGAAAUCUCUCCAGAGAUGGAAGGUCAUCAUGAUGGUGAUAGUAUUGGACAUAAUGGGGGACAGUCAAAUGAGCAGGAAACAGUAAAUGAAGAAGAGGUUGCUGAGGUGUUACCAGACAUUCCUAUAACAACAGUCUGGAAGUAUAUAGGCCGCUUCAACCCUCCAACUUUUAAGGGUAGUCUGAAUUCUGUAGAAGCAGAGGCUUGGAUAGACCGAUUGGAGACCCUGUUUAGUACGGUGAAUUGUAGUUCCCAGCAAAAGGUGCAGGUUGCCAAGGUUCUGUUAGAAGGAAGGGCAAAGCAAUGGUGGGAUAGUGUGAGACCCAUGGAUGAUAGAAGGAUGGUUUGGAAUCAAUUCAAGGAUUUGUUCUUUGAUUACUUCUUUCCAAUGGAGGUCAGACAACAGAAGGAAGCGGAGUUCUAUGCCCUGCAACAGGGAAACAUGCAUGAGGAUCAAUUUAUUGGCCAAUUCAUAGAUCUAUCCAAGUAUGUGGCAUACCUAGAUCGUUAUCGAAACACUUGGUGGAUGGCUGUUCAGUUAAUGGAGAAAGCCAGACCAGAGAUUAAGCAACAAUUGGCCACAGUAGAGGUCACUACCUUUGAAAAGAUGUGUACUCAUAUCCGUCAAGUUGCACGGAGGAUGAGAGAAGCUGAUGAGUAUCGUAGAAGAGACAACCUUGGGCGCUUUAGCCGCCAAACCGGUGCCUCAGGAUCUGGAGGACGAUUUAGUGGCUAUACGGGACCCACUGGUGGAGUGGGGAAGAAAACUAGCCAAUCAGGUGCUAGUAGUUUUGGCAACAGAAAACAAUCCUAUCAAGGAAACUCUCAGCAGAGGAACCGUUUCCACGGCGCUCAGACCCAGAGAAGUCAAGGAGGAGGGAGUCAAAUUUCCCAGCGUGGCUCUGUAGCAUCUACUCCUAGUGUGACUAACCAUCUCGCUUGUCCUAGAUGUGGGAGGCAACACUUCGGAGAGUGCUGGAUUUGCUUUAAUUGUGGAGAGCCGGGACACUUAGCUAAGUAUUGCAACAAGGCUAAGAGAAACAACCAGACCCCUAGGUCAUCUGUACCAGGGCGUGUGUUCGCCAUGACUUCUGAAGAGGCGGGUGCUUCACCUAACUUGAUUCGAGGUAAUGUACUCUUACAAAAUCAUCCCUUGUGUGCUAUGUUUGACUCAGGGGCAACCCACUCUUUCGUGUCCUUUGAUUGUGUUGAAAGAUUAAGACUAUGUAUGGAUGAUUUGUCUUAUGUUCUGUGUGUGACUACUCCGGCGGGAGCAACCGUGAGAACUGUUAAAGUUUGCAAAGGUUUGACCUUUGUAUUUAAGGGUCGGGAAACGACCAUUGACUUGAUUUGUUUGCCCCUUCGAGGCAUAGAUAUUAUUGUGGGUAUGGAUUGGUUGUCAGCUAAUAGAGCUACCUUAGAUUGCAAGAAGAAGUCUGUUAUGUUGCACUCAAUCUCAACAUCUGUAGAUGUACCAGAUGUUCCUGUUUUGUUGUCAGCAGCUCAAGUAGUGCAAUGUGUUAAGAAGGGGUGCCAGGCUUUUGUUGUCUUUUUCUCUAUACAAGCUGAAAAGGAGGGGAAUAUAGACCAAAUUAAAGUAGUAAGUGAGUUUCCCAAUGUGUUCCCUGAAGAAAUAUCUGGGUUACCUCCAGUACGGGAGGUGGAGUUUUCCAUUGAAUUAGCUCCAGGAACCGAACCUAUCUCUAAAGCCCCGUAUAGAAUGUCACCCUCUGAGUUAGCAGAAUUAAAGAAACAGAUUGAGGAUCUGUUAGAAAAAGGUUUUAUUAGACCGAGUGUUUCUCCAUGGGGUUCACCCGUGUUGUUUGUGAAAAAGAAAGAUGGCAGUUUGAGGUUGUGCAUAGAUUAUCGUCAAUUGAAUAAGGUCACAAUUAAGAACAAAUAUCCCCUUCCGAGAAUUGAUGACUUGCUUGACCAGCUUGUCGGUUCUUCUGUGUUCUCCAAAAUUGAUUUGAGAUCCGGCUAUCAUCAGUUAAGGGUCAGGUCUGAAGACAUUCCCAAGACCGCUUUUCGAACUCGUUAUGGUCACUACGAGUUUCUGGUGAUGCCUUUUGGAUUAACAAACGCUCCAGCAGUGUUUAUGGACUAUAUGAAUAGAAUCUUCAGGCCUUACUUGGAUCAAUUUGUUGUAGUCUUCAUUGAUGAUAUCCUCAUAUACUCCAAGAGUGAAGAGGAGCAUCGUAAACACCUUCGCAUUGUAUUACAAAUAUUAAGAGAGAACAAGUUGUAUGCCAAACUGAGCAAAUGUGAGUUUUGGUUAAAGGAGGUAAAGUUUUUAGGUCAUGUGGUAUCUGCCAAAGGUGUGGCCGUGGAUCCGAGUAAAGUAGAGGCAGUGUUGAAAUGGGAGACUCCCAAGUCUGUGACUGAAGUAAGGAGCUUUGUGGGGUUAGCCGGGUAUUACCGUCGUUUCAUUAAAGGCUUUUUUCAGAUAGCUAUGCCAUUAACUAACUUGACAAAGAAGGACAAACCCUUUGUAUGGACAGAAAAGUGUGAAGCUGCAUUUCAAGAGCUGAAAAGAAGGUUGACCACGGCACCUGUCCUCACCAUACCUGAACCAUCAAGACCGUAUACAGUGUACACAGAUGCAUCUUUGAAAGAUUUGGAGACACUAUCUUUAUGGAGCGCAAUUUGA